AUGGCUCUAGCAGCGUCGAAUCCGGGCGUGAAGCGUGCGAUGUCUGCAAUCGCUGCGACACCCAACACCGAACCGGCCAGACCAGGUACCGUCUCUUCGGAGAGCGCAUCCGUUGGCUGGGAAGAUACUUCCGCUACCGCGGCGGCCAGCAAGGUACAACAGGAUACCCUGCCGCCUGAAGACAGUGGGGGAAUGCUGUUCCUGGGUGACGGCCAAUCUCAGUUUGUAACGAGUAUGCAUUGGGCGUUGUUAGCGGAAGAAAUGCAAGACGUUAAGGAUCUCCUUACCGAUCAAUCCAAACAGCAGCAUGCGAGCUACCUACUAGACCCGGAUGCCACAGGCCUGGACGUGAGAUCAUCUUUAGUAUUUGGUAGCGGCAUGUUCUCUCUUGACAUCUCUCGCUUCCUUCCAGAGUCUAUACAAGAUUGCUACAGAUUGCUGGAAUACUACUUCGCAAACGUGGACCCGGUCAUGAAGCUGCUACAUCGGCCAACGUUCACCCGCCGUUAUGCGCAGUAUCUACAGAGGAGGAUGCCUGGACAAUGUUACGCCACCGGCAGUGGUACGAUGGAUGAUGCAACCCUACGAGCAUUCGAGCCGCUUGCUUUUAUGGUGUUUUAUGCCGCUGUUAAUAGCUUGCAACCGUCUGAGACUGUGUUGGAGUUCUUUACCGAGAAGGAGCCCUUGCUUCAAAAAUACAGACAAGGCCUUGAGCUCGCGUUGGAAAGGGCUAACUUCUUGACCACUUCGAGCAUCGAGGUUCUCCAAGCCUUCGUGAUGCUGCUGACGUGCGAUUGCAGGGAGGACAGCAGUGGAAAACCGUAUACGCUUGUCGGCGUUGUUAUCAGAAUUGCCACAGCACAAGGGCUGCACAAGGAGCCUACUCUGUUCCCUUCAACUUCCAUGGACGCAAUCACAAUCGAACUCCGCCGACGACUGUGGUACCAGAUUGUUAGCCUUGACCUCCGCACUGCAGGAAGCAAGGGUCAAGAGCCCUCCAUAAGGAUAGGAGAUUUCACCACUUGGCUUCCCCGAAACAUCAAUGAUGUCGACUUACACGAGGGUCUUAGUUCAUCGAUAGGCACCAUCGAUGUUGAAGGUUUCACCGACAUGACCUUGACCCUCCUCCGCGCCAGCGCUAUGCAAUGUAUCAGUGAGGUGAUCGCGAAAACCUAUCACUGGGAGCGCCGAACAUUGUCGAAUCCGGGUAAAGACGCUAAUCAUGACCCUUUGCCAGAGCUCCUGGAGGUCUACGAAGAAACACGAUCGAUGCUCCAGAGCAUGGACGACCGGCACCAAAGAAUUUACCUGCGGCAUUGCGAUCCGGCCUUCACAUUGCAGCGGCUGUCUCUAGGACUGGGCAUGAUGGUUCAGUGGAGGAUCUGGCUAGUCUUUUGGUAUCGGAUACCGCGGAACUAUCGGGAUGCUGAACCAUUAUUCGAUAUUCGCAUGAUGGUCUUUGUUCUGUGUGUGUGUGUCGUUGAAAACAUCCCAAAGUUCGCAAUGGACAAUGAUGUCCAGCGCUUUCAGUGGAACGCAGGCAGCUAUAUCAUGUUCCACCCCAUGAUGCAUCUGAUCUCGGAGCUACGGAGUCCACCGUUUCAAACAUUAGAGCGAGCGCCGCUUCGCGACCGGGCACUCGCCGCGCUCCGGGACAUCAUGCAAGUGAAGAAGUUCCUCGACGUUCAUGCCUGGCUGGUCAUGGAGAGGAUGAUUGACAAGCUCUGUGCGGAUCCUCCUCGCGCCUCUCUUAGUGUUACUCCAGUCACGUCGCUCAUGCCAUCAGUAACUACGCCUGAAAUCCUUUCUGGGCCGGGGCCAGAUCCCAUCAACUACAACGACCCUAUCGUAGCGCAGCCUUACUCAGGAACAGGUUUUGCAACCGGCGCCGCCACUGGAUCCGUACACAGGGCUGCGAGCUGCGAGUACACGGAUACGACCUUGACAUUUGAUACUUUCGGCUCUACAACAGCCUCCGGAGCCAAGAAUACUUCGUACAUCUCUGAGGAAUUCGACUGGGCCUCUCUAGACUUCUAUCUUCCGGAUUACUCGGGCAACCCACAGACGUUUUUCUAG